AUGGAUCCUAAUCAAUUUCAUUAUCAACAAGCUAUGUUCAAUUUCAUGCAAAAUUAUCAAAAUCAUAAUCCUCAAAAUUCUCAAAUUCCAUCGAUGCCAACAAACCCCGCCAUAUUUUUUCCAUCACCAAACAAUCCAAAUAUGUAUCAUAUACCUCAAAUGAAUUCUAAUAGUAUGGAAUUUUCUACCCAAGUUCCACCAUUUUCUACUCAAGUUGGUACUCAAGUCGUUAAAAAAAAAUCUCGAGAGCAAUUUACAAGGGAUGAGGAUAUACUUCUUAUCCAAUCAUGGCUCAAUGUUUCAAAGGAUCCAAUUGUGGGAGUUGUUCAAAAGGCUGAGAGUUUUUGGUUAAGAAUAGCUGCCAAUUAUAACCAGUAUCGUGGGCAAUCGCGGGAAAAGUUAGGGGGGCAAUUAAAAUGCCGAUGA